AUGCAUCGGAUCAAAGAGAUCCUCGAGGAGUCGGGCAGCAAUAUACUCACGGAGUUGGGCAGCAAGACCAUCUUGUAUAUUGCCACUGUGGUCUACAACCAGGCCUCCCUCAUUCGAGGCCUCGAGGACGCGGUCGACAAGCUCCGGAGGUCCCACAAGCGGAUCCAGUGCUUCCUCAACGACGCUGAGUCGCUUGACAUCGUCCAGGAAGUUGUCAGGGGUUGGGUCUGCGAGAUGAAGACCUCCGCCUUCGCCGCGGAAAACCUUAUCGACGAGUUCCAGACUCUCGCCUACGUCAUCGAGCACGCCAAGGAAGCUCCUUCCCGUAAAAGGAAGUUGCCAGUCCCCUCUUUCGGAAGCGUCAAGAACCUCUUCAAGCGUCGCAAAAUCGCGAUGGAUAUUGUCGAGAUAGAUAACAAACGUGACGAGAUCCACGAAAGCUGGAGGAAUCUCCGAUUGAGGCCCUCAGAUGGGCAGCGGCGAAGCGAUGGCUCGAAUGAGAUGGAUUCUGUUCCCACCGUUGCAACCUUCGACAAAUCUAGAAUUGUUGGAAGAAACAAGGAGUAUCAAUCGGUUGUGGACCAUCUCAAAGCCGAUUCAGUCUCAAAUCUACGGGUGGUUGUUAUCUAUGGCCUCGCUGGAAUCGGUAAAACUACACUCGCCCAAUUAAUUUUCAAACAUUUCUCAGAGGCGAUCAGCUAUACCAACUUUGAGAUGAUGAUAUGGGUGUCUUUGACGAAAGUGUAUGACGUCCUAGAGGCUACAAAAGAGAUAAUCAAAGAGAUAACUGGGGAAAACUGCAGCAGUCAAAACUUUAGCCACCUGCAGAAUAGUCUUAAGGAACUUGUGAAAGACAAGAAAUUCUUGCUUGUGCUUGACAAUUUCUGCAUGAAGGAAUCUAUGUUCAGUUGGGAGAGACUGUCUAUUCCCCUUAUGGAGGGAGCAACAGGAAGCCGGGUUUUGAUCACGGCUCAGAACAGUGGCGUCCCGAGAGGGAUGAUCAAUUGUCAUUUGGUGCAGUUACAGGGUCUCCAGAAGGAUGAUAGUUGGAAACUAUUUAGUGAUAUAGCAUUUCCUCAAGCUAACAGGGACAUCUAUCAGAAACUUAAAGACAUCGGGGAAAGCAUAGUGGACAUCUGUCAAGGUUCCCCUCUUGCCAUAAUCUCCCUUGGUGAAGUCUUAAAAUUGGAAGCUAAUGUCGACAACUGGCAAGCCAUCUGCAAUGAAAUACUACGUCUAGAAAACAAUAGCAUUUGUCCAAUCUUGAGGAGUUUCAUGACAAGUUACCAUCAAUUGAACUAUGAAUCAAAGCAGUGCUUUGCUUUUUGCUCUAUUUUUCAAAAUAGUUAUGAGUUUGACAAAGAUGAGCUGGUCAGGAUGUGGACAGCACAAGAUUGGGUACAGAGAAUGUCGGAAGCCAAAGGUAGCAUGCUCUUUAACAACCUUCAAUCAUUGUCAUUCUUCGAAUGCUCCACCGAAUCUAGUUCAAGCAAAUAUACAUGUAAAUACACAAUGCCCAAGCUGAUUCGUCGUCUUGCAUGCUCUCUCUUUAAGAAUGAGUUACUGGUUAUGGAAGACAAUGAGUUGAAUCCUCCAUCAGGACAAUUUCGUUACGCAUCAAUAUUUCAUAAAAAGGACGAGAUUUUGUUUGAAAAACUCUACAAUCAGGUGAGCUUGAGGGUGCUGAAAUUGAUCAAUGAAUCUGGGGCAGGUGUGGGCAGGAUUCCAAAUGAUUUGUUUAACAAACUAAAAAACCUAUGGUUGUUGGAUCUGAGCAACAGUGGCAUAGAAGAAUUGCCAGAUUCAGUUGGCAAGCUCAUUCACCUGAGAUAUCUUGGCCUUGCUAGAACCAAUGUCAGAAAACUACCUGAAUCUAUAGAAAACCUGUACAAUUUGCAGACUUUGGAGCUCAAAUUUUGUUACAACCUUUCCUCGUUACCGCAAGGAACAAGUAACUUGGUCAACCUAAAGCAUCUCAUUUUGCAUCUUGACUGGGAACGGAUUAGGGAUUUGAGUUUCAUGCCUCCUGGAAUCAAUUACAUGACUUCUCUGAAGACAUUGUCAAGAUUCACUGUGACCAAGGAGGAUGGCUGCAACUUGAGGGAAUUGAAGGACUUGGACCUUCAUGGGGAGCUCUGCAUCUGCAAGCUUGAAAACAUUACUAAUGCAAGCGAUGCUAAAAAAGCUAAUUUGAGGGCGAAGGGCCACAUUGACAAGCUGAUGCUGCGAUGGAGUGAUGAUACCUCUAGUGUGCAACAAGGCACAAAUACUUGGAAGAAAGUUGUCAAGCAGAUGCUGCGAUGGAGCGAUGAUACUUCUAGUGCACAACAAGGCACAAGUACUUGGAAAGAAGUUGCCGAUGAAUUGCGGCCACAUGAGUAUCUAAGAUGCCUGUGGAUCAUGAAUUAUCCUGGUAGUGAAUUCCCAAAUUGGCUGGCAGACACUAGUUUCUCAAGUAUAGAAAUGGUGAGGCUAUCUUGCUCUAAAGAGUGUGAAUCCUUGCCGCCACUUGGGCUGCUACCUAAGCUCAAACACUUGCAUAUAGAAGGGAUGAAGAAACUGAGAAACUUGGAGAAUAUGAAGGGGUUUCCAUCUCUGAAGACUCUUACAAUAAAAGACAUGCCUGUUUUGGAAACGUUUUGUGAAUUUGUAGAUGAUGAAUUUCCUAAUCUCAUUGAGAUUGUUAUUCAUCGGUGCCCCAAUUUACCUGAUACUAGUAGGUUGAAUAUUCCCGGGUGGAUAGAUGUUUCAAGAAUUGAUGCACCAUCCACUGACAAUGGCAAUGGAAAUGAUAGGUCUUGA